AUGGCGAAUAAUUCGUGGACAAACGAGGAGAUGAAUCAACAUAGUACCUACUCCGGUAACUCGAGGAUCCCUCUGAAGAAACCAGAGAUGAAAAAUAACACAGGAAUCGCCAUGGUAUGGACCCCUGAAGAGCAAACUAUUCUGGAUAAUGCCCUUGCUAGAUAUCCACUGGAUUCGUGUGUUUCUUCUUGUCUACGUUACGCAAAAAUCUCGUUAGAGCUUCCACAAAAGACCACCAAAGACGUUGCUAUGCGUUGUAGAUGGAUCAAAGAAUUGGGAAGAGUCAAAGUCGAGGAUUCAAUCUCAGCACCUCAUGAUGUUCAACAAGUUGGACGAGAAUGUUCCGGACAAGAUGAAGAAUAUGGCACCAUUGCGGGAGUUCUUGAACGAUGA